AUGCUGAACAGAUCGCUCCGGCAUUCUACACAGCCCGGGCGUGGUUUUAUCUGCCUAUCUUGCCUAGUUGUCGGUGUUGGCCGUUUCCAUCACAUAGCUCCAUCCUCCCGUCGUUCUCUCACGACCGUCCCUGCGGAGUCAGAAUCAUCAACUCCCUCGAUUUCCCAGUCUGGUGACAUAACGACCUCCCUAUUAACCAAGAGUUUCCAUGCUCCACAACCCUCCUUUGACACACCUCCGACCAUACCGGGAGCCGGCAAGCUCCCGAAGAAGUCGCAGCCGUCGAAGAAGUCGCAGCCCCCGAAAAAGCCGCAGCGCCCAAAGUCCGGAGGUGAUAUGUGUGAUAAGCCUCAUCAAGCAGCGCCAACGCCUCACAAAAAAGCCAGGCUGAAGAAAAAGGCCGCUCCUCAUAAAGUGCAAUCGCCCCCCAAUCGAGGAGUCGUCCCGGCUCACCAACAUCGAGCUCAUCCUGGUCAUGGUCAUGCUCCUGCUCGUCCAGGGCGCUCUGCUUUUCCACACCUAUUUCCAAAAUUUCAACCCAAAAACUCAAAACCGAGAAAAUUUAAGGGUGAUGUCCUGCCAACGAAGAAACUACAUAGCGGCGUCUUGGAGUCAACAAAUGCGCCAUUGGUCCGUAAGUCUUGA